ACGACACAUAGCCAGUGUUUUGAGAGGAAAAAAAAGAAAGCACGGCGGUUAGCCGAUCCCUAAUGGACGUGUGAGCCGAAAAUAUCUUGCUUCUAACCCAUUUCUCGUAGAUAUUGGCACUAUUGGAUUCUCUGUGUUGCAGGUUAAAAGAAAUAACCACCAUAAAGUGGAAACAGUGUUUUUGUCUAACGUUUAUGCGUUUGAAGUAAGCUACAUUGCUAAUCUAGCUCUACAAACGAGCAGCAAUAAGCUAACUCGUGUUGUUUCCUUUUUUUAUGUUACGAUUUACUAUUUCAGUGAAUUCGCGCAGGAGUGAAAACGCCUCUAUAUGCAGCGUUAGCUCACUCUCCCAGUCCAAAUGAGUGAAACAAAAGGCUAUCUCCUCGAUGCUAGGCGAAAGGCUAGCUACAUUGGUUAACCGGCUGGAGUUAAUCGUGACGCGACAGAAAUGGACGAAAGUGCCGAUAACGACGACCUGGUCAUCAUCGUGGAGAACGAGGCUGAGAGUUUGCCCGCGGGGGAAGAGAAGGUGAAGCAGCUGGGCGCCUUCGGGCUCAUGGACACAUGUCCCAUCUGCAAGCUGAGCUUCCACAACAGGGAGCCCAAACUGCUGCCGUGCCUGCACUCCUUCUGCCGGAGGUGCCUGCCUCCCCCGUUGAGGAGCGCCGAGCCGAGGCGGGACCCGCACGGUCCAGUUGGUUCCAUUCGGUGUCCGGUGUGCGGACAGGAAUGCUGGGAGGUUGACGUGUUGGACAACUUCUUUGUCAAGGACUCCGCCGAGGUGCCCAGCAGCACGGUGGAGAAAACCAGCCAGGUGUGCAUGAGCUGCGACGACAACACCGAGGCGACGGGCUAUUGCGUGGAGUGCGUGGAGUUCCUGUGCUUGACGUGCGUCGAGGCGCACCAGAGGGUGAAGUUCACCCGAGACCACACCAUACGCCAGAAGGAGGAGAUGUCUCCAGAGGCUCUAGGCGUGUCCACGCAGAAGCCCGUCUUCUGCGACGUUCACAAGCAGGAGCCGCUGAAGCUGUUCUGCGAGACGUGCGACCGGCUCACGUGUCGAGACUGCCAGCUCCUCAAACACAAGGACCACAACUACCAGUUUUUGGAGGAUGCGUACAGGAACCAUAAGCAGUAUCUGGAAACCAUGACGCUGCAGUUGCAGGAAAAGAGAAAAGCCAUUGAAGAAGUGUCGAGCUGUAUCAACUCCGGACUGCAGCAAGUGGAGGAGAACCGGAAAGCUGUGACAAACGAAAUAAAGAAGUCCAUCUGUAACCUGAUCAUGGAGAUCAACAGGAAGGGAAAGAUCCUGAUAAACCAGCUCGAGGCGCUGACUAAGGACCACGAUUUGGCUCUGAAGAAGCAGCAGGAGGACAUCAACGCCCUGACGAGGCAGCUGGAUCACGUGAUCAGCUUCACCAAGUGGGCGACGGCGAGUCACAGCGGAACGGCUCUGCUGUACUGCAAGAGACUGAUCCUCUACCAGAUCCACUACCUGAUGAGAACAAGCUACAACCCGUCCAUCGUCCCGCAGAGCUCGGUUCGCUUCCAGUGCCGGUCGGGCUUCUGGGCCUCAAACGUAGACCUUGGUUCGCUGGUGGUGGAGCGAUGUCCAGGGAGGCCCCCCAUCCCCAGCCAUCAGCAGGGUCCCAGACCGGAGGCCCCGACCGGGGGUCUUUCCCUCGCAGCAGCACAGCAGCGACAAAGCACUCUAGCUCAGCUCCAAAUGCAGAGGCAGCCCCCUCCUAACCACUGGUCCUGGUAUCAAAAUGUGAGGCUCCCAGCUCCUCCAGGCCCCCCUCCACCUACCAGAGCCAAUCAUGGGGGAUCUUCUCCCUCCCAAGCUCCCCCCAGCUUGAUGCAGCCUGGACGCAGGUACGGGAACAGCCAUCCAAACCCUAGGAGCCCUCCGGCGUCCAUGAUUCAGAGCCCAGGCUACGGAGCGUCACAGUCUCUACGAGAACUAAUCCACAGCUCCGCAUUCCCCCCUAAACCCAUCGACAUAUCGCAGGGCGCUCCCCGCUUCCCGGUGCCUCUGUCUGCUCCCCAGGCCGCUCUGCACCAGAGAUGCAUGCCGGAGUCAUCCCUCCUAAAGAGGAGCGAAGCCGGUCUGCCCGUCCCGACCGUCAGCAUCGCCGUCCCAAAACCCAGCAUGGGUUUGGGUCUGACAGCCGGAAGCUCAGAAAAAAGCAGCAGCUCGUUUGGCCAUGUGACAGGUCAAGGAGGGCAGUACUCGCCGUUGGCAAAGCCGUCCUCUUCUGACAGAACCGCGGGAUCGACGUCCUGGAGGUCAGCGCCUCCAUCAGGCCCCGCGCCGAAGCGAAGAAGGAGGAUGUCUCCGGGGCCAGUAAUCGUCAUCAAGGAUGAACCCGAGGACGAGGACGAAGUUCGUUUUGUGCAAUCCAGCAGCGGGUCGAGCCUACCGGACAGCAGCACCGGCGCUCAGUCGAAGCCCCGGCCGCCGCCGAAGGGACUUGUGGCGUCCACGACCCCGGCGUCCACCUCCGUCAACCAGUGCAAUCAGACCCAGUCGCAGCCCGACCCGGAAAAGAAACCAGUGCCAGAGGACGACCCCAACGAGGACUGGUGCGCCGUGUGUCAGAACGGCGGAGAGCUGCUCUGCUGCGACAAGUGUCCCAAAGUUUUCCACCUUUCCUGCCACAUUCCGGCUCUGAACGAGUCGCCGAGCGGUGAGUGGUUUUGCUCUUUCUGUCGGGACCCAGAGUCACCAGAGAUGGAGUAUGACUGCGACAGAGGGAGCGGGCCGGCUUCUGAAAACUUCCCCUCUGUGGACAAAAGGAAAUGCGAGCGACUGCUGCUACGCUUGUUCAGUAACGACGUCAGCACAGACUUCCAGCAGCCUGCGUCUCCAUCGGAAACUCGGCGGUACAAGGAGCUAAUAAAGACGCCGAUGGAUUUGACGAUGGUGAAGAAAAAACUGCAGUCGAAGGAGGACGAGCGCUACGGAAGCCCGGAGGAGUUUGUUUCCGACGUCAGGCUCAUAUUUUUCAACUGUGCCAAGUACUACAAGGCGACAUCCGAGGUUGGGAGUGCCGGCUUGUACCUGGAGGAUUACUUCGAGGAGCAGCUGAAGCUCGUCUACCCGGACAAGGUCUUCCCAGGAGGGAGAGAGGAGCAGAUGAUCCCUCCUUUAGAGGACGAGAUCGAAGAAGAGGAGGAGCAGCCGAUGGAGCCGAGCGCCGCCGCAGCAGAGGACAAGAAACCACAAAGCCCUGCAGGAGACGCAGACGGCGGGAUGGUUCCUAAGGAAGAACCGAUGGCUCCGGCAGAGAGCGAGAACCUGGAGGAAAGGAGCGAAAUGAGUCAAAAGGAGACAGAGGAAGGGACUGCAGACGUAGAGGGAGACGUUCCUCCUGCAGAGGAGGCGAAGCAAGAUGAGAGCAUCGAUAGUAAGCAGGCGGAAAGCCGCCAAUCUUCUGACACAGAAACUAAAGAUGGCGGCAAGGACGAGAAGGCGCAGCUGCCUGCGGACGACGCCGAAGACACACCGGACACUUCGGAGAAUCCAGCCUCGGAGCAGCAGGGAUAGACGGACCUCCCCCAGAUUCCAGGAGGAUAGAUCAGAGAUGUCUUCCAGAGUCACGGCCGUGGCGUCGGCCGCCAUUAGAUGCAAUUAGAUCCUUUUUAUAACUCGUUUGAAGUAGAGUUGCUGCCGCUGCGUGGGACGGACUCUUAACGGCGGUUUAUGCUGCUGGGGCACAACAAAGAGAGUAAACAAACUCUUUGUUCUUUCUUAUCUACGACGACUGUGAAAAGCACUCGCACAUGAGCUUCUCUGUGGAUCGUGUUUAAGUUAUGAAUUACUUGUAAAUACGUCUUAAUAAUGAAAGCACAGUUUCUGAAGUAGGACAAAAACGCCAAGUUUGGACUUUUAAUGCAUGAAAUAUGCUCUUGAUAUUAAUAACCCAUGCAUUCUAGCCAUUUUGGUUCAAGAUGAACUCAUCUGCAGUAGUAUUUUUAUUUAUAGUAUUAAAACAUAAGUGUAGGAUGGCUAAAUACUGUAGAUUUUGUACAAUGUGGUAUAUGUACAAUAUACAUAUAUAUAAACACAAAUGGCAACAUUUGUUGCUAUUGCUGGUGAAGAUCUAAACAAGCGCUUUCAUUGGAGGAGCAUAAUCUGUCAUGAAUGGUUUUUUUUUUUUUAGAACAAUUCAAACUUUAUCUAAGUGCAUUCAUUGAUUGGGAAGAAACCCUUCAAGAAGAAAUAAAUUGAUUCGGUUUCUUAAAUAAGAGGAUGAAUUUACCUUUGUUUCACGUCAAGCCAAAGUAAAAAUCUGAAAAUGGCAUCAGUUACAUUUAUAUUAAAUAAUUAUUGGGUCUCUUUUGAUUUUGGUACAAAAAAACAAGUACCUUAGAGCUGAACAAAAUUGAAAAGAAAAAAAGCUGAUUGGUUGUUUCCCUUCACUCUCUGCUGCCAGUUUCCCAAACUUCCAGUUUUAUCACAAAGAAGCCUUUUUUUUUUUUUCAUAAAUAAACAACAAUCCUAGAUUUUAUUUGCUCGACUGUUAUCACUCUCAACUUAAGAGAUCUGAUGUUCAGUUUUCUAACCUUUGACCUUGAUUGCUUCAUUUUGAUUAGAUGGAGGGAAGUGCUCACUUCCAGAAAAAUAAGUUUUGGCUUAUGUGUGACAGCGGAGUCGUUUAGAAAGCAACGGUUUACACGGCCACUUCACUGCUAAAGGUCGCUACACGAUGCCAUUAAUCAACAACAAAAUCAAUGUUGAGCAUAAAAAGGCUUCCUGAGUUUAGAAUAUUUGUAAUGGAAUCAGAUUACAUGAUACACAACUGACUUUUGCAUCACAAAUUCAUAUGUACCAUCUUCAUUUUUGCUUCCGUUUCUAAAUACGUUCAGUGCGUGAGUGGAUAAUCCAGGGCACAGAACUAGCAAUAGCGUAUAAUGAUGUUAAUAAUUUGAUAGUGAAUUAUUUUUCCUAUCAAAAUUUGCCGUUUAUUCAUUUUCAGAUGAUGUCACAUGACGACAAACUGCAGCAACCUUUAUACUGCAAAGAGACAUUUCUGCACUUGCUCCUAUCAAAAUAAAGUCUACAUACCACU